GUGGAGCAUCAUGAAGCCUAUUUUGCUCGAGAACAACCACGUGGUGCCACAUUUCUAGUUGAGAUGAAAAAGUGUCUCGAUGACAUAAUCGAGACCUGGCCAGAGGAGGCUGCAGCACUUAAAGGCACUGCAGGGAUCUCUUCCGAAGCCGCAGCCUCGGGAGACAUCCAUGAGACACGUUCAGUUACACAUAAUCUCUCCAAAGUGGCAGAACUUCAGAACAGAUAUGAGGUAGAUAUUUCAUGA